AUGGGGGAUCCAAGAGAGACAACCGCCGGCACGGCCCCGCCCCCGCUGCCCCGGUGGUGGCCCACGGCCCCCCGGCUGCCCGUGGUCAAACUGGAGUCGCUGAAGCGCUGGAACGAAGAGAGGGGCCUUUGGUGCGAGAAGGGGGUGCAGGUGCUGCUGACGACGGUGGGCGCCUUCGCGGCCUUCGGCCUCAUGACCAUCGCCAUCAGCACGGACUACUGGCUCUACACGCGCGCCUUCAUCUGCAACACCACCAACCUCACGGCGGGCGACGACGGGCCCCCGCCCCGCGGCGGCAGCGGCUCCUCGGAGAAGAAGGACCCCGGCGGCCUCACCCACUCGGGCCUCUGGAGGAUCUGCUGCCUGGAAGGAUUGAAAAGAGGCGUCUGCGUGAAGAUCAACCAUUUCCCGGAGGACACGGACUACGACCAUGACAGCGCGGAGUAUCUACUCCGCGUCGUCCGGGCCUCCAGCAUCUUCCCCAUCCUCAGCGCCAUCCUGCUGCUGCUUGGGGGCGUGUGCGUGGCAGCCUCCCGGGUCUACAAGUCCAAGAGGAACAUCAUUCUGGGCGCAGGGAUCCUGUUCGUGGCAGCAGGCCUGAGCAACAUCAUUGGCGUGAUCGUGUACAUCUCGGCCAACGCGGGCGAGCCGGGCCCAAAGCGGGAUGAGGAGAAGAAGAACCACUACUCCUACGGCUGGUCCUUCUACUUCGGCGGGCUGUCGUUCAUCCUGGCCGAGGUGAUCGGCGUGCUGGCCGUCAACAUCUACAUAGAGCGCAGCCGCGAGGCGCACUGCCAGUCUCGCUCGGACCUCCUCAAGGCCGGCGGGGGCGCAGGCGGCAGUGGCGGGAGCGGCCCCUCGGCCAUCCUCCGUCUGCCCAGUUACCGCUUCCGCUACCGCCGCCGCUCCCGCUCUAGCUCCCGCUCCAGCGAGCCGUCGCCGUCGCGGGACGCGUCUCCCGGCGGCGCCGGGGGCCCAGGCUUCGCCUCCACGGACAUCUCCAUGUACACGCUCAGCCGAGACCCGUCCAAGGGCAGCGUGGCUGCGGGGCUGGCGGGCGCCGGUGCCGGCGGCGGCGGCGGCGGCGGCGGCGGGGCGUACGGCGGCGCCGCCGGGGGCGCAGGGGGCGGCGGCGGCGGGGCGGGCGCCGAGCGGGACCGCGGGGGGGCGUCCGGCUUCCUCACGCUGCACAACGCCUUCCCCAAGGAGGCGGGCGGCGGCGGAGUCACGGUCACGGUCACCGGCCCGCCUGCUGCGCCCGCGCCCGCCCCGCCCGCCCCCGCCGCGGCUGCUCCCGGGACCCUGGCCAAGGAGGCCGCCGCCUCUAACACCAACACGCUCAACAGGAAAACCACGCCCGUGUAGGGGCACAACGGGGGGCGCCGAGGGGGGCGUGUCCGGGGC